AAGGGGCUGGGCGCGCACGCGCUCCGUCUCCAGGCAACGAGAAAAACAGAGGCCCGCGGAGAGCGCCUGCGCGGCGAUCGGUUGAGGCGGGGGUCUGGUCUGGAAAACUAAGUCCUGGGGUGUGCCCUGAGCAGGAACGGUCCACCAGAGCUUCAGGACCUAAUAAGCACCCACAGGAAAUAAUGAGCAUUCACCAAAUGCUUAUUGAAGGAAAGCUCUGGCCGACCCAGCACCACUGUCCCUAAAAAGUUCAAGAGAAUGCGUAGGCUUCAGUCCAGUCCCUGAAUGGCUGGCCUCCAGUUGGCACCACCUCUGCCUGUGGGCGUUAUGCUUCCGUGUAAUAAAACAGAAGCUCCAGGGCUCCUCUCAGCUAAGCAAGAGCCCUAUGAAAAAGGUGACUCUUCUCAGCGGUCCUCCAUGGGGCACCUGAGGAACAAUUUCCAGCAGAAGCUUUUGAGCAACAAAGAGCUGACAUUGGAUAAUCUCUACACUCACUCCAAAUGGAACACCUGCACAAAAGCCCGGAGCUACUCCUAUCCCCGCUGUGUUGGCAGCCAGCAAGAUUCAAGAAGCAAUCCCCAGGGCCAAGCGAAAGGUUUGUUUUACUCAUCAAGUCCUCAGUCCCAGCAUCCCAAAGCAAAUAAUCAGGAAUUCAUCCCCUUCACAAAGAAGCGAGUUGGGGUAGACCGGGCAUACCCACUGAAACCCGUGUUCCAUAGGAAGUCUCAUGGCACAAGUGAGGCUGGCAUUGAUGGGGACCAGAAUGUCUCUCUAAGGCCCCCUGAACCAGGAGAGUUUCCAUACAGAAGCUUUGGUUCCAGGAACUGGGCGAAUUCAUCUGUGGUUCAUGCCGUUGCUGCCAGACAGGAGGAGAGGGCCACAGAAAACCCCAACAGGACUGAAUGGGUGCAGAUCCAAAGACUAGAAGCUGUAGGGGAGAGCUUACAGGAGGAAAUCCGAAGAAAAGAGACCCUCCUAAGGGAAAAGCUGAAGAAGACAGAGGAGGAACUCAGAAGGAUCCAGAAAGAAAAGGUACAGGCUAAGGAAAAUGAAAAAAGAGAGCUACAGAGAAUGACACUCCCCAGGAGGAGAGUUAAAGGUAAUAGCAACACCACAUACAAACCUACCUUCUCCCCUGAAUUUGGGUCUGAGAAGGUCUUCAGUAGAGACAGGGGAGAGGAUGAAACUUGGGGACGGUCUCAAGAAAAUUCUAGUCCAUUCCAGCUCUCUGAUUAUGGAAUACAGAAGCUCAAAAGGGAAAGACUGGUGGCAAGCAAUAACAAAAUCCGAGACCUAGUCUCAGAGCCAUCAAAGGAGCAUUCUCAGUCUUCAGAAGGGCCUGGCAGUGCUUUGCAGGGAUCCACCAGCAAUUCUAGUUUGUCUGGGGCACCAGACUCCUCGGUUUCCAGCUGUUCCACUGAAGAGCCCGAACUUGGCAAAUGUAGCUACUGUGGACGCAAGUUUCUGUUGCUCAGGCUGGAGAGACACUCCAACGUCUGCAUCAGGAUGCAGGGUUCCAAGAGGAAAGUGUUCGACUCCUCCAGAGCCCGGGCCAAGGGCACAGAACUGGAGCAGUACUUGAACUGGAAGGGACCAGCCUCAGUCAAGGCUGAACCUCCCCAGAAGAGCAACUGGAGACAGAAGCACGAGUCUUUCAUCCGUACCCUCCGUCAGGCUCGAGAGGUCCAGCAGGUAAUUGCCAAAGGUGGAAACCCCUCAGACUUGCCUCCCAUCCUGCCUGCAGAAAACCCGGAUUAUAUUCAGUGUCCUCACUGUAGCCGCCACUUUGCUCCCAAGGUGGCCGAGCGGCACAUUCCCAAGUGUAAGACCAUUAAGAACCGGCCUCCACCUCCGAGGAAGCAUUGCAGUUGAGCAGACAACAGUGGAAGCCUCGGAAGGCCCUCCUUCUCUGCAGCAGUGAAUGGGAAUAGCAUAAUUUGAUGCCAAACAGAACAAAAACUUUUACAUCUCCCAUGUCUGCCUGCAGAGCUUAGUCGGUGAGGAGAGACCCAUUGCUAAGCAGCAGGAGGUAAAAGGAAGCCUCAGCUUCCCACGAAAUUACCACCUCAGGCUGGUGUGCCUUGUUAUUGCCCUCAGAACUGAUGGGCGACAACUCGCAACAGUAGCGAGCGGGCUACAUUAAAGCUGUCUUCUGGCGUGCCUGACUGGCGGUUUGUGCUCGCACAGUGCCUGCGCUUGCUGUGCCCUCUGCCGCUGCCUCUGCAUGUAUGCCUGUGGCUCCUGUUACCCCUUCUUGCCUUUGCAAGAAGUUGGUUCAUGAGACUGCGUUGGUGUCAGAGGGUCAUGAUCACCCAGGUGGUAUCUUUUAUAAAAGAUCAUAUGAUUUUGCUUUUUAAGGCAAAUGGAAAUGUGUCCUUGACCUCCAUGAUGCAUGGUCCUGGCCAAAAGCCAAUACCAGUAUGUAAAGUUAGGGUGCCAGUAUAUCCUAAGCCCUCCUUGUGCUGUACUGUGCCAUAAAGGGAAUCUCAUCUUUAUGUGCUUUACAUGGUAGGGAUGGGAGAGAGCACCCUGUAUGCCUCAGUAGUUGCUCUUGCUAAUGGAUUUCAUAUGUCAAAAAAAAAAAAAAAAGGAAAGAAGGAAGAAAGUUUCAUAGUUUCAGCUAUGGCUGGCAUUCUGCUUUGAAAUCAGGUUGGGUGUAUGGCUUUUUAAAUGCAGCAGCAAAAUCUACCAUCAAAGCAAGCUGGGACAUUGCCAUGUCACAUGUCCCUGCCCAUUUUACCACAAUGAACUUCUCUUUUAGAGAGUAAACUUCGAUGGAGAAGGAUACUGGAUCUUUUAAAUUUUUCUGUGCAGAACUGUGCAUACUGCAAGUACUCUUCACAAUUAGACCUUCAAUCAAUGGGUUUUGGGGAUUUAAAAUUAAAUCAUAAAAUGAGUCAGUCCUAGAUUGGUCAGAUGGGAGAAGUGAUAAGGUAAUGUCUGUCGGGGUAGUGUCAGUUCAGAUAGGAUGAAGAUAGAACAACAGAUCUGAAAUAACAGGAUUAUUGUCCUGAGAGCAUCACUGGAGAACAAAUGCCCAACCUGACCUGGGCCAAGGUGACUAAGCAGACAACAGAACCGUAUUCUUCUAACAACAAAUGGCCACUCACUUUUGUUCCAUCUCCUCUCCUGCUUCUGCUGAGUGGCUGGGCUCACAGAUCAGACCGAUCUGAAACGUGAAUUUAAGGCUUUACUGUGAAGCUGCAGGGCCCUGGGGUGAAAAGAAUGUACAUACUUAAAAACAGUACAAUUGAGUUGCUUUAUGCUCUUAAUUGUUGCAAAGAGAAAAAGGGAUCACAUCGUGGGGCCUCAGGCUGGCCACCUGAAGAAACCUCACACACACACUGGAUAUUUAACCCAAUAUAUCCACUUCCCAGGCGAGUCUAGUGACGUACAGACUGUACGUUUCCACACUGGAUGGUAAAAGCAAUAGAUGGCAAGAAUGAGCUGUGGCCAAGGCCGCAAAGUGGUAGCCUAUGGACAGCUUUGUCCUACAGAUUUGACAUAAAUCUGACAUUUAAAAAUUGGGAUAUGGAGAAUCUCUUGAAAAGCCGGAAGUUCUGGAAAUACCAGGCCAGCAACGCUGCAUAGCCCCAACCGUGUGCUCUGACAGCGCAGAUCACCACAGCCCCACCUGGCCCGCUACACUUAUUCACCUUUCCUGCCUGGCCCCACGGGCACUUGGGUUUGGGAUCCCUGGAUGAUGUGAUGAAGAUCACAGAUCAGGGCCCUCUGGGGAGAACAAGUGCAUGUGUGGGCAGUGCCCUCUGUAGACACAGGAAGCAGUCACUCAUUCUUAUAUUGCUGGAGAAAUAAUGCAAUAGUCAGUGCCUCAGUGUGCCUUCCAAUCUCAAUAUGCAGAGGCCUUGACUAGAUUCGGACUAUUAGUCUUUUAAAUUUAGCUUGAUCUGCUCUUUGGGAAGAGGUCAGAACCCUUUUUCUAUCUAAAUCCCUUCCUGGAUAGCAGAGGAUGACAGUGGAUAAUGCUGCUUGGUAUUGUCCAUGUGUUAUACAGCUUUAUCCAAGAACCUUCAGUACAAGCAAAUGCUAUACAUUUUAAAGUUCAAAAGGUUAAGCAAUGGGAAAAGAAUCUCAUGGUGAAGCUCACUUCAUAUAAAAGCAUAUGCAGACGUGCUGAGAUCAUACUUCCUAGCAGGACUGUACUCAUGCAGCACGGUACCUUUUGGCCAACAUUUGCUUUUGGUCAUUAAUUUAUCAUUCUUCAUGACUACAAAGGAGGUAGCAGAGAUGUGAUCUAGUGUUUUCCUCUCUAAUGUUCCUGAUUCUGUGAGGUUUAGUGACCAGCAUGUUCAUUUCCAUAGUUAAUCAUUGAAGUAAUAAAUGAUUUUUGGCUUUGUGGCAGGAAGGAACAUGUUUUGUAGUCCUGACUACAGCCCCGUCUGCAGGACACUAAUGAAUAAUACUUCUUUGGAGGCCCAGGGAUACUCAUUUGAAAGAAUUUAUUUAUAAUACAUCCUUGCUCCAGAGCUGUUCUAUUAUGAAUGUUUCCAAAUAUAUGGCAAAUCAAAUGAAAUUUGAUUUUAAGGCUGCUUUUACUUUAAACUUUAGUGAAAUGCUCAGCCAGGAGAAGUGAUAACUUGGCUGUGCUAAGCCAGGGAGACCAAAUACCGUUCACCCUCUUUGAGGGAAAACAGUUUUGUAAACAUA